AUGGAUGAUGGUGCGGCAGCAUCUCCCAGCUCAAGUGCUGACGAGAUCCUCAACUCAUAUCAUCUGCCACGGCCGUAUCCCUUGUGGCUAAACCCGUCGUACGCAAAGCACAUUGUCAAGGGCAACUUCAUGACCCUGAGUGCCCGACCCAAGACGGUCGAUGCCGGCGAAUGGAUUGCCCACCAAGUGGUUGAGCAUUACCGUAAUCUGUGGAACUUUGUCCGCGUCAUUCAUGAGAAGGAAGAGGAUGGGCUCACAAUCUGCAACGCCACCACCUGCCCGAGGAUGUCCGCCGGCGCAAACCACUCAUUCACCUGGCUCAACUUCAGGAGGGAGCCUGUCGAGCUCCCGGCGUAUGAGUACAUCACUCUCAUGCAGCGUUGGAUUUCUGGAAAGAUCGAUGACACCAAUAUAUUCCCCACCGACAACAACGGCGUUUCGUUCGCCCACAACCCAUCGAUUACGACAUCGCCUCUCUCCCAGCUGACCAGCCCUGGAGACCGCGACUGGGUUGGCAAGCGGAGCGGCUUCCCUGAGAAUUUUGUCGAGGUGUGCCAAACUAUAUUCAGGCAGAUGUUCCGGGUCUAUGCUCAUCUAUACUGGGCACACUUCGUCGACCCCUUCUACCACCUUAAUCUGGAGAAGCAACUGAACAGCUGCUUUUCGCAUUUUGUCCUGACAGCUUGCGCAUUGGAUAUGUUGAAGCCGCAGGAGCUCGAGCCCAUGCAGCCUCUGAUCGAUCUCUGGGCCGCAAACGGUACCUUCCCGCCGGGAUCUAAGGCCUACGACUACGCAAACCACAAGGCGGGCGAUCGGCUGAUGCAGCUUGGCAACGCCGCUUAA